AUGAAUAUCUUUGUAUAUAGAGCACAUGAAAAGUCUCUCCUCUUUUCACAUUCGUAAAUCUUCCCAACAUCUUGCAGAUGGAAACACCCACGAGACGGCGAUUCUCAACGACGUAGUGAUCGAAAGGAUAUUCCCUCAGAAAAGACGCUCGUUUUCACACUUCUACGGAGAGGAAGACAGAGAGAUCAUGUCCGUUAAACUUGUUAUGAAGAAUAACAGGUGCACUCUCUACAAACUGGAAGGCGACACUUCUAGAAAUCUGGGAGUGUUCCACGCUGACAACUUGACAAAGCUCGAGAACGGCUUCCAAGUGACCUUGGAGACCCAGAUGACCACAGAUGACGUCGACGGGGGCAAGCGACUCAAGAAGAGAAGGAGGAGGAACAGAGAGGCGUCCUUGGUGAUCCUGACCAUUCCGCAGGAGCAGCAGGAGGAGUACAUGAAAGUCAUAUCGAAGGUGAGACAAUCGGGUAUCUUUUUGUUUUCUUUUUCAUCUCGUUUAUUUAUGAGUAUAGGUGUACUAAAUUGUUACCUUUUUUAUGUAUCUAUAAAUUCCCUCAAUACCUAUACUAUGUAGUCAUCAUUAGCUGAUGUUGUUAUAGUUAUUGUUCUUAACGUCGCAGCUGUUGUUAUUGUUACUGUUGUCUUCACAACAGCGUCAAUCAUCACGGCUUUCUAUUUUCAAUUUCCUUUUUUUUUUUUUUACAGAUGAGAAAAACAUUUCGUGGAGUCCUCUUCGGUAAAUCUUCUCUUAACUAACUUAACUUUGUAUAGAUACACCUUGUAUUUUUUUUUUUUUGUAUAUUGUAUUAGUGAUUUUGUUGUGUCGCCAUAUAAUUUAAAUUUUCAUUUCCAUAAUGCUAAUGUCUUAUUCACUAUGUUGUAUAUAUCUCUUUCAAAUAACAUAUGUACAUACCUUAUAUUCUGUGUAUAUAUUUUUUUUUUAAUAAAUCUUCUGUAAAACUAUAACUUCAUUGAUACAUCU